AUGGCCAAUACUUCUGUGGGUAGAAAGUCUUUCAUUGACUCUUCAAUAAAAACAGCAAGACUCUAUGGCUUUCAGGGCCUAGACCUCAGCUGGAUUUGGCCAAACACAAGCUCUGAUGUGGCCAACAUGGCCACCCUCUUUGAAGAGUGGCGAGUGGCUCUAGAGUCUGAGGCUAAAAACUCUAGCCAACCCCAACUGAUAUUGACUGCUACAGCUCAUUACUCACCAGUUUUAAGUUCUGUUUCUUUCCCCAUUGAGUCAAUGCAGAGAGACUUGAAUGGGCUGAAUAUUUAUCUUUGCAACAUCCUACGAGCGAGAUUAAUACCGAUUUUGGCACGAGGGCAUGGAUUGCUAGGGGACUAUCUGCUAAAAAGUUGGUGCACCGGCCACUUUCCAGCCACUGGCCCUGCAAUUUCACCUCGAGGAAUCGUGCCCUACAAAGAUAUCAAACAACUUUAUAUUCAGAGAUAUGGGGUUGCUUUCAUGUAUAAUGCUACAUAUGUGAUGAAUUAUUGCAUAGUUGGAUCAACUUUUAUUAGUUUUGAUGAUGUUGAAGCUAUAAAAAAUAAGGUUUCCUAUGCCAAGGAAAUGGGGCUGCUAGGUUACUACUGUUGGAAUCAAGAUAGGGACGAAACGAUAGAAGAAGAGGAAAGAAGCACUCUGUACGUCAAUACUCUGUUUUUCUCAUUCCCACAAACAUUGUUUCAGUACAUCAAUAUAUAGAACCAAAAGAAAAUUCUGGAAAUUAAAUUAAUGACAUUUAUGGCCAUUCAGAUUUACUAGACGGUACACAC